AGAAGAGGCUGGCAAUAAGGGAUACGUGGGGACAAGUGGAAGAAACUAAAAAAAUAGUGUUUGUGAUAGGAGAUCCAGGUUCCCCGGAACAACAGAAAAAGUUAGAAGCGGAAAGUGUGUUAUUUGGUGACAUUGUACAAGGGUAACCCGGGUGAUGAUAAUGACUUAUCCAUCGUUAAACCAUAGGACUUUAACGUUAAUAGGAUUAAUCAUUUUAGGAAUUCCAAUUAUGUUCUUAGUGAAUUUCCAAGGCUCACUAUUCCAAAACUACACUCAGUCGUCAACCGCAUCGCAACCUACAAAAUUAUUGGAGACCUUAGUUGGAAAGCCAACUCAGGAUUACAAUCGCUUAUUGAACAUAAGCUUUAAUUUUUCUAUGAUAAAUCAAGUGUGUCGGGAAAAUUCUUCUGUGUUAGUGCUAAUAGUAGUUCAUUCUGCACCUUUAAAUUUAGAGAAGAGGCUGGCAAUAAGGGAUACGUGGGGACAAGUGGAAGAAACUAAAAAAAUAGUGUUUAUGAUAGGAGAUCCAGGUUCUCCGGAACAACAGAAAAAGUUAGAAGCGGAAAAUGUGUUAUUUGGUGACAUUGUACAAGGUAAUUUUAGAGACACUUACAGAAAUCUAACUUACAAGCACGUAAUGGUUCUUAAAUACUUUGUUUACCAUUGUCCGCAAGCAAAAUUUGUAUUAAAAACCGAUGAUGACGUCUUCAUCAACUGGCCAAGUAUGAACAAUUUCCUUACUUACCAUUUGUUUCGUUUCGGUGAUAGAGAAACCAUAUACUGUAUUAUAAGACCUCCCAGCCCUGUUGACAGAAGAUAUACCAAAUGGGUUGUAACAGUUGAUGAGUAUCCAGAAAAAGUCUAUCCACAGUACUGUCUUGGAUAUGUUAUUCUUUAUACACCAGAAGUGGCAUUUAGUCUAUAUGAAGAAGCCCAAACAUCAAAUUUCUUUUUUUGGAUAGACGAUGCAUUCAUAACUGGUAUUCUCUUUAAAAACCUAAAUUAUACUCACACAGAUAUCGCAAAUUUAUUGUUAUUAGACCAAAGUUUAUAUGCUAUUUCUAAUCAUUUCACUAACGUUACAAUUAAACCAUUUCUAUUUAGAUUAAUGGACAAAAUGCAGAUGCAAACUGUUUGGAAAUAUGUUUCUACGCAUGAAGCUCCCAAAAAUAUAUUUGCUUUAUAACCAUAAUAAAAUAUUUUAAAAAACAAAUACUCACUUUUUUAACGGAAAACGUUUUUCAUUUCAUAGAACUCAGUUUCUGUAUAUGUCGGCUCGAAAGAACACAACAAAAAUGACAAUUAAUUAGUA